AUGGAGUACACGUCGUCCCCGAAACCGCAGCUCUCGUCCCGGGCAAAUGCUUUCUCCAUAGCCGCCCUGAUGUCCAGUGGGAAGCCCAAUAAGGACAAGGAGACGGAGGAGAACACCAUCAAGCCUCUGGAACAAUUUGUGGAGAAGUCUUCCUGCACGCAGCAGUCCCUCGCGGACCUGUCCUCGCUGGAGGGGCACGGGGACUAUAGCGGGAGCGCGCCCGCGGUGUGCACGGAGCCGCUCAUCCCAACCAACCCUGGGGUCCCGAGCGAGGAGAUGGCGAAGAUCUCGUGCUGCCUCGAGACCAAAGAGCUGUGGGACAAAUUCCACGACCUCGGCACCGAGAUGAUCAUCACCAAGUCCGGAAGGAGGAUGUUCCCCACCAUCCGGGUCUCUUUCUCCGGGGUGGACCAGGACUCCAAGUACAUCGUGUUGAUGGACAUCGUCCCGGUGGACAACAAGCGAUACCGGUACGCUUACCACCGGUCCUCCUGGCUGGUGGCCGGCAAGGCCGACCCUCCUCUGCCCGCCAGGUUGUACGUGCACCCGGACUCCCCGUUCACCGGAGAGCAGCUCGUGAAGCAAAUGGUUUCCUUCGAGAAAGUGAAACUGACGAACAACGAGCUGGACCAACACGGACAUAUCAUCCUGAACUCCAUGCACAAGUACCAGCCUCGGGUCCACAUCAUCAAGAAGAAGGACCACACCGCCUCGCUGCUCAACCUCAAGUCGGAGGAGUUUCGCACCUUCGUCUUCACGGAGACCGUCUUCACCGCCGUCACGGCCUAUCAGAACCAGCUGAUCACCAAACUGAAGAUCGACAGCAACCCGUUCGCCAAAGGUUUCCGGGACUCCUCGCGGCUGACGGACAUGGAGAGGUACAGGGGAUUCUGGGUCCUGCGCCGCUCAGCGUUCUCCGCCUCAGACAACCUCUCCCUGAGCUCCUGGGUCACCUCUGCCUCUGGUUUCUCCGGCUUCCAGCACCCACAGUCUCUGUCGGCCAUGGGCUCCGGCUCCCUGCCGCACCCCAUCCAGGGCUCCCUCCCCCCCUACAGCCGGCUGGGCAUGCCCCUGACCCCCGGCGCUCUGCAGGGCAGCGGGCCCUCCUUCCCCUCCUUCCACAUGCCCCGCUACCACCACUACUUCCAGCAGGGGCCGUACGCCGCCAUCCAGGGGCUGCGGCACCCCUCCACCGUCAUGACGCCCUUCGUAUGACUCCGUCCUGGGGGAGGAGACGGCCCAUCUUCACCUCAACACCCCAGAGAAAGCAGUUAUCCCCCCACUCACCACUCCUCAUCCUGUUUGUACCUUUCCCCCUGGUCUGUGUAAAUAGUUUAGCGAGCGAGAGGAAGGGGAUUUGGCGUUCUGAUGAUGAAAAAAAAAGGGCCGUGGCGCCUCGUGUUUCUACGAACGCUUUACUGACAUUGUACAAACGACCUCAAAACAACCUAAGACUGUACAGUGGGGCGUGUUUGGUUUUGGCCCGUGAAGAACAGAAAGUGGAUGCUCACCUUGAAACUCAAUUGAACAAUAUUUAGAAGACCCUCUGAAGGGUCCACGAGGCUUUACAGACGAAAAGGAGAAGACAAACUAAUCCCUCAAAGGACAUUUAUUAAGCUGUGUGAUCCUGUAAUAAAGCAACCUAAGAAGAGGACUUGUUGCAGUUUGUUGGACACUGAGGACAUUUCAGCGUCGCAGACUCUCAGCUUUUCUCUGUUUUAUAGAAAGCCAGCCAUAUGUACAGCUCCUCGCUCAGUUGAAAAUAAUGUCUGUUUCAAAUGCAUUAAUGCAACAUUUACUCGUAGAGAAAUCCUCUCUGUAGAUUGCUAAAAGAAAAUAUUCAAAGGACGCAUGCUGACCGCAGUAGAAACACGCUGGGGAACUUUAUAUGGAAUAUUAUGGGAUGAAUAAGCUCUAACCUGCAACAGGGUGAGGCUCUUUGUGUGCUUUAAAGGCUCGGUCACACCACAAUUUAAAAAAACGACAUCAAAAUCUAUUAAUUUAUAUCAAAUCUGUGGAUGAUUCAGAAUGAUUUUCCUGCAGUUAUUCCUCAGAACACGUUGACAAUGACCGAUAGCAAACUGUCCCCACCGUGCCGAUGUUACUGAAGCUACAAGAGACAUCAAAAACCUUGGAGACUAUAGUAUAACUUAUUUAUUUAUAUGAAAAACAAAUGGUUCAAGAAGUGGCUCUGAUAUGUCAAACAACUUCCAUAAAAUCAUGUAUUUAUAUUAUUUUCCCCCGUCAAAAUGCUCUAACGACCCUCACGCCACAUGCGUUUGCUGUGGGAGUUACUGGUGUGACUGGGCCUUAAUUAAGAUGGAGUCAACUACACAAUGUGUUUUUAAAGUAUCAGGUUUCAAGAAGUCCGAUUUGACUUCCGGGGCCAUAAAUGUGUUUCCUCUGGGCUUUAGGAAAACAAACAGGCUUUAAUUCAUCCUUACUGAAAUCUCUUUUAAUGUGCAGAAACAUUUGAAGGGUAACAGCAGCGUGACUUGAUGUUUUUAUUGCAAACAGACAGCAGCAUGAGUGUGAAACAUCCCAGUGUUUCUGUGGCCGUGUGUGGCCUCAGCCUGUUAGCUCUCGCUGUUAGCGCUCGCGCUCGCUGUUAGCGCUCUGAUUCAUGGCUGCAGCACAGCGAGGACAGAGCGUCUGCACCUGGAAGUAAUGGCUCUCUUCUCUCAUUUAAAACAUGCAGGCUACUAAAGGCAAGUGGUGACACUCAUUACCGGUGCAGGUGCAUACAAACGGCAGCUCACUGGGGGGAGUCAUUUAUUUAAGAGAUAUGAAGAAAUACAAGUUACACCAUGUGAAGCACCACAUUUUAAAUCAAGUAGCUCAUGAUCAAAAACUCUCCAUCUCUUCGUCUCACUGUCUAUAAAUGAAUCCUAAAAACUAGAGACGGAUAUAUCUGUGUUUUUUGUCGGCUGAUAAAUGACAACAAUUUGCAGAGAUGUUAUUCAUAAGAACACUGUCCAUGUUGCCACUUUUGUCCCACUUCACUUAUUAUUCCUCUGGUGCUUUUCUGAUUAGAGUCUAUCACAUAUCAGAAAAUAGCAUGUCCAGAUGAUAACAUCCAAGAAGUUAAGGUGACAAAUUAAAUUGAAUGUAUGAUCAUCUGUCUAAACCCCCACAAUAUCAGUUUUCUGUCAGACAUCAAGUUUUAUUCCAAGACUAAUUGCUAGAAAAAAACAAUAUUUCAAAACAACUUCCAAUAAUGUUCCUACAGGUGGAAAUCUCACUUUGACGGCAAAAUAUUAGACAAGAUAUCUGGUUCUGGUGCAGAUUUUUUGCCGUGAAAAAAAUCCAAAGAAACAAAUCUAUAAAUAUUUGGGCUUGUUGCAUCCUGGAAGCAUCAGGAAUGGGACGUCGUGUUGAUUUAUGACUGCUUUAUGGACGAUGAAGACCUUUCUCUGUGCUGGGUUAUAACUAAUGUAUACAUUUGGGUUUCACAAACACUGUUAAUGUCACAGUUUGCCACAUUUCUCACAUCAUAUGAAGCCAGUUGAAGUUGAAUAUGGACAUAUAUGCUCUUCUGACCCCUUGCAUAAUCACUCAUGUGCAAGCAGCUCGUUUUAUCCAAUCUGUUCAUUGAGGACGUCUCCUAAUUUACCUUUUACCUGAGCUUUGUGUGACAGAACCGAGUGUUAAUAUCAUCAGUGUAACCAUAAGCCCCUCCCCCUCCCCCUUCACCACUGAGAAUAAUCUCCCUUUUUUUUUUACAUGAAAACGUUUUAUUUUGUAUGCCAUGAUAUGACACCGAACGAGAUUGUGUUUUGAUGAUUUUUAAGUGCAAUAUAUUUAUUUUGCUCUCUGAAAAAAAAAAUUGUAAUGUACUAUGCCGCAUUUAAAAAAAAAACAUAGUUAUUUGUAAACAUUGAGAAAUAUAUAUCACCACCCAAAAAAUUUGAGUUUUUGUUUUCACUUGUCCACUUUUCUCUCUCCAUGAAUCACAGUGUCAUUAAUAAAUUAAAUUAUGAGAUCAUU